UGGCACUUUACUGCAUCUUUACCUGCGCUGCAUAGUUAGACUUCACAGUGACACUCGCUUCACUUCACCUCACCUCUUCACCUUUUAUGGCGUAAUACAAAGCAGAUGUAAACAUUUGAUUUACGCAUCCUUAAGCUUGGAUAGCAAAAGCAUAAGCAUGACCCACAUGGUAGCAAGGGAGGCCCAUUGCUUUGGACAGUUGCAAUCUUUUGUUUUGAACAUCACUUGUUUGACAAAAAUGGCCAAUGAACUACUUCACCAACACCUUCUGAUUCUCCUUCUCUGUCUUUCUCCCUUAACCCCACUUUCCUCUUCUUUUAUUCUUUCUCAUCAUCUUCACUCUCUGCUUUUCGUUUUUUUCUCUUUGCCUUUCCUUCCAUGGACAAGCUCCACCACCACCAACAACAGCAGCAGCAACUCUCCUUGCCUAAGUGUUCCAGGCAGCGAUGCAAUGAAUGGAUUUUUCGGGAUGUCCCUAGUGAUAUCACAAUAGAAGUGAAUGGAGGGACAUUCGCAUUACAUAAGUUCCCCCUUGUCUCUCGCAGUGGACGAAUCAGAAAGUUGGUUGCAGAACAUAGGGACGCUGAUAUCUCAAGGGUGGAGCUUCUUAAUCUCCCAGGAGGAGCAGAGCCAUUUGAGUUGGCUGCAAAAUUCUGUUAUGGAAUUAACUUCGAGAUUACAUCUGCAAACGUUGCUCAGCUGUGUUGUGUUUCUGAUUACCUUGAAAUGAAUGAAGAGUUUUCAAAAGACAAUCUUGGUUCUCGUGCUGAAGAAUAUCUAGAGAGUAUCGUUUGCAAGAACCUUGAAAUGUGUGUUGAAGUUUUGCAACAAUGUGAGAACCUACUUCCUCUUGCUGAUGAGCUGAAAAUAGUUAGUCGUUGCAUAGAUUCAAUAGCUUCAAAGGCUUGUGCUGAGCAAAUUGCCUCAAGCUUCUCACGCUUGGAGUAUAGCAGUUCAGGGAGGCUUCACAUGAACAAGCAAGCCAAGUGUGAGGGGGACUGGUGGAUAGAAGAUCUUUCUGUUCUUCGGAUUGACCUCUAUCAAAGAGUAAUGACAGCUAUGAAAUGCCGUGGCGUCCGCCCUGAGAGUAUUGGAGCAUCACUUGUGAAUUAUGCUCAGAAGGAAUUGACAAAGAAAUCCAGUUUAUGGAAUCCUUCUAGCCAAACAAAAAUUGAUCUGAUUUCAACGGGGCAUGAAAGGCUUGUGGUUGAGACAAUUGUCAACCUUUUGCCAGUUGAGAAACUUGCAGUUCCAAUCAGUUUUCUUUUUGGUCUUUUGCGAAGUGCAGUCAUGCUUGAUUGUACAAUUGCUUGUAGACUUGAUCUAGAGAGGCGCAUUGGUUCCCAGUUGGAUAUAGCAACUAUUGAUGAUCUUCUGAUUCCAUCCUUCCGACAUGCAGGUGAUACUUUGUUUGAUGUUGACACAGUUCAUAGGAUCUUGGUAAACUUCUCACAGCAAGAUGACAGUGAAGAUGAUAUGGAAGAUGCUUCUGUCUUUGAAUCAGACAGUCCUCGUUCACCGUCUCAAACUGCAUUGUUCAAGGUCUCAAAAUUAGCAGACAAUUACUUAGCAGAAAUUGCUCCAGACGCAAACCUCAAGCUUUCUAAGUUCAUGGUCAUUGCAGAGACUUUACCCGCACAUGCACGUACCAUACACGAUGGACUAUAUCGAGCAAUUGAUAUUUACCUCAAAGCGCAUCAGGGUUUAUCAGAUUCUGACCGGAAGAAGCUCUGCAAACUGAUUGAUUUUCAGAAGCUCUCGCAAGAAGCUGGUGCACAUGCUGCACAAAAUGAACGCCUGCCCCUACAAGCUAUCGUUCAAGUGCUUUAUUUUGAGCAAAUAAGGCUCAGAAAUUCAUUGUGCUGCUCUUACGGUGAUGAAGACCACAAACCAAUGCACCAGUCAUGGAGGAUCAGCAGUGGUGCACUCAGUGCAGCAAUGUCUCCACGAGACAACUAUGCAUCACUUAGGCGAGAAAACCGAGAGUUGAAACUUGAGUUAGCUCGGUUACGGAUGAGAUUAAAUGAUCUCGAGAAAGAACAUGUUUGUAUGAAGAGAGAUAUGCAAAAGUCUCAUUCUCGAAAAUUCAUGAGUUCUUUCUCCAAGAAAAUCGGUAAGCUGAGUUUCUUUGGGCAUAGUUCUUCAAGGGGAUCAAGUUCUCCCUCAAAGCAUUCUCAUAGAACUGAUUCUAGAGUAAUCGAGAGAACAUGUGCAAGCACUGAUUAGGUGGGGAAAUGGACAUCUCAAGGACGCUUAAAAAAUUUUCCUUCCAAAGAAAAAGUGCAAAACUGUUACUUUAGCUAGAAGCAUAAAAUAUGGAGCCAUGGAAGAAUAUAAUGCGAAAAUGAUGCUCUGUUUCUGUCACUGAUUUAGACGGUAAGGAAUAGCAUCUUGGUUUUAAAUAAAGGCCGUUACGUGAAGUAAUUUACAGUUUUUUAACUCUCCCAUUAAUAUUAUACCUAUUAUUUAAAGGACAAGUUUGUUCUUGUAAUGGUCCAUACAGCCGUUACAUAAUGAUACCAGCCGUUAUUUACUGUUAAAUAAUAGUUAAGUAAUGGUAAACUCCUUUCUUUUUUAGAUC